AUGAACCUCACGGUGCUGAACGGCGCCACGCCUGUGAGCAUCUCCCAGUGCAACCUUCCCGGCCACACGAUCGUCAUUGAUUCAAAGCAGGAUCUGACCGAGGUCUCCUACGACAUGUCGGGCGGUCGCAUGAAGGCUGAUUUCCAUCGCAAGCUGAACACCGGCGACUGCACAGACCUGGUUCUCACUGCAGACACUCCGCUCUACAUCAUCAUGGCAAUGGGUGUCAAGGGCAACAUGAACGUGGUGGGGCACGGCUACUCAGAGACACAUAACGUUGUCUGCAUGGGCUCGAUGAUGGAGACCGUCGAGUGCAAGCCCCCGAGCGAAUGGGACGAUGUGCCUCCAACCCUCCCGCAGAGCACAUCCAUGGCCGCGCCAGCUUUGUCGGGAUUGGCGGGCCUCUCCCUGGCCCUGUUCUUCCUGCAGUAG